AUGGCUAAGGAAUUAGGACAUAGGCCAAGUAAUAACUAUUAUAGUAAGGUUAAUGGUUAUGGUGGGAUAGAGUUGCUAAAAUCUAAUACUGAUGUAUUGGUGUUGGACACAUAUGUGGAUGAAAAUAGAGUGAUAGAUAUUUACAUAGGACACAAUUUGGAUGAUUAUGUAAGUACACAAAUGAGUCAAGUAGCCUCAAGUAAGGGUAAGGAGGUAGUUGUUAAUGAUCAACUAGAAGAAGAUGAAGAUAGUGAUGCCUAUGAUCCUGAUCAGUUAGACUCAUCCUCUGAUGAGGUUGGAAAAUAUAAUGACAGUGACUAUGAGCAAGGUGAUGACGACGCUUUACAUGAUAAACAUGUUGACAAAGAUGUAGAAUUUGGUAGUUUAGGAAGUAGUAAGGAUCAUAUGGGUGAUGUGCAUGACAAUGAUGACCUACAAAGCAUGGACAACUCAUUUGAUGAGCUAAGAAGACUUCAUAGCUCCUCCGAUGAAGAUAAUGACUAUAGGAGGAUUAAAUACCCUAUUUUUAGUGAGAUUGACAUGCAUAAUCCUAUAUUCUAA